UUUGUGCAAGACUCAUCAAGUCACUGUAAUAAACUAAGGCAUGGCAGGCAGAUUAAGGUUUAUGUUGGUCGUUUUGAUUUUAUUGUUUGCUGUUGUAUCUGUUUGUGGUAUACCAUCAAAGAAGAAAAUUUCUUGGGGCAGAAUCAAGAAGAUCAACAAGAAAGGGCCUUAUAUCGGUCUCAUUACGGUGUAUCCGCCCGAAGAGAAGGCUUUCUUUUCAACCGGAGCGUUCAAAUCGGAUUCUAGAUACCCGUUUUUGGAUCUAUCAGGACGAAGAUUCCGAGUUGGAAGAAUCUAUGACAGGAAAGUUAUCUAUGUUAGAUGUGGGAUUGGAUUGGUGAAUGCUGGUGCAGCAACACAACAAAUGCUGGAUCUGUUCGACAUAACUGGAAUAAUUCAUUUCGGCAUUGCUGGAAACAUGAAUAAUUCUAUGUCUAUCGGAGAUGUAUCCAUUCCGAAACAAUUUGCUAAUACCGGACUCUGGGAUUGGCUAAACCAAAAUGGAAUAGUGGACUACCCUAAAAAUGUUGCUGAAAUGAAGAUUGGAGGCUACAAUGUUCCACAAGGUGAUGCCACCAAUCUGCUGGGGAAAAUCGGGUUCCGACAUGAGCAAUUCUUUUCGGAGGGUAAUGCUGCAGCACGUCUGUUUUGGGCAGAAGUAAGCCAGGAUUGGCUUCAGCUUGCUGCCAGUUUGGAGGGAAUGGAACUGGAGAAGUGUGUUAACUCGAGUUUGUGCCUUCCGAAAAAGCCGAAGUUAGUAGCUGGACUCAAGGGAUCAACCUCCAACAGUUUUCUAGACAAUGCAGCUUAUAGAGAUUUCCUUUCCCAAACUUUUGAGGUUUCAACAACUGAUAUGGAGAGUUCUGCAGUAGUAAUGACAUGCUUGUCAAAUGGUUUUCGAGUGAUUGUAAUCCGAGGAAUGUCUGACUUAGCAGGAAGUCAAUCAGGAGAGAAUCCAAUUCAUACAUUUGGUUCACUUGCUGCUCUUAAUACUGUUAAAGUUGUUCUUCAAUUUAUCAAAAAUAUUCCGUUAGAUGUUUUCGCAUCCUAAAUCUUUGAAGUAGUAUUCCAUCACAGAAUGUUGCUGUAAAAUGCUACAGAAACUUCAACUUUUGAGUUUCUUGGAGAAUGGAACUACUAUGAUGAUUGAAUAACAAAUCAAGAACAUUGUUGCUUGUCA